UCUCCCCCUCCCUCCCUCUCGGCCAAUCUCUCGUUCCAAAACCCAUCGGUUUCGCCAGAGCUCAUCCCCGCCGGAUCGGUGGUUCGUGCGGCCCCGCAUACAGCGCGCCGUUCCCGCUUGUGAAUCUGCGUUUCUUCUUCUGGGAGCGAGCUUGAACCUAGUAGAAGCAAAAGAACAAGCAGCAGACAUGGCGACAUCCCGUUUCUGGACACAGGGAGACAGCGACUCUGAGGAGGAGGAGGAGGUUGAGUCAGAACAGGGCAGUGAAAGUGAUGAUAAUGGAGGUCGUGAUGAAGGGGGGCGCUCUGGACCCCAGAACCGCUAUUUGAGGGCCCAAGAUGACGACAGUGAUGAGUCUGACACGGGUCACCGUGUGGUUCGCUCGUUAAGGGACAAACGCAAUGAGGAGAUGAAGUCUACCGUUGAUCAGAUGCGUAAUGCCAUGAAGAUUAACGACUGGGUUAGCUUGCAAGAGAGCUUUGAGAAGCUCAACAAGCAUCUUGAGAAGGUGGUUCGUGUAAAUGAAUCUACUGAAAUUCCAAAGAUGUAUAUCAAGGCUCUUGUGUUACUCGAGGACUUCCUUGCUGAGGCACUUGCGAACAAGGAGGCCAAGAAGAAGAUGAGCAGCAGCAAUGCGAAGGCACUAAAUGCGAUGAAACAGAAGCUUAAGAAAAAUAACAAGCAGUAUGAAGACCAGAUCCAGAAGUGCAGAGAGCAUCCGGAGAGCUUCGAAGAGGAGGAUGCGGAUGACAAGGACAUGAAUGAAGAUGACGAAGAGGAUGAGGAUAGUGAUGCAGAGAUUGAGGAUCCUGAAAAGAUAGCUAUGUCAGAAUCAGAUGAGGAAGAUGAUGAUGAUAAGGAUGGUCCCUGGGAAAAGAAGUUGAGCAAGAAAGACAAGCUGAUGGACAAGCAGUUCUUGAAAGACCCAAGUGAAAUCACAUGGGAUAUUGUUGAUAAUAAGCUCAAGGAGAUUGUGGCGUCAAGGGGAAAGAAAGGUACUGGAAGGAUUGAGCGUGUUGAGCAGCUUACAUUUUUGACCCGUGUAGCAAAGACACCUGCUCAGAAGCUUGAAAUACUUUUCCAUGUGAUUUCUGCACAGUUUGAUGUCAACCCUAGCUUACUUGGGCAUAUGCCAGUCAAUGUGUGGAAGAAGUGUGUCAAUAAUAUGCUUCUUGUGCUCGAUAUACUCCAACAGUAUCCUAACAUUGUAGUAGACACCUCAGUGGAGCCUGAUGAGAAGGAAACUCAGAAGGGUGCUGACUACAAUGGAACAAUCCAUGUCACCGGUGACCUUGUUGCAUUCCUGGAGAGACUGGACUCUGAAUUUUUUAAGACUUUACAGUGCACUGACCCAUAUACAAAAGAUUAUGUGCAGAGGCUUAGGGAUGAACCCCUGUUUUUGGUUGUUGCACAGAAUGGCCAAGAUUACCUUGAAAGGGUUGGGAACCUCAAGGCUGCUGCUAAGGUUGCACUGCGUUGUGUUGAACUAGUUUACUACAAACCUCAAGAAGUAUAUGACGCAAUGAGAAAACUGGCAGAGCAGACUGUGGACAGUGGGGAGGAUGGUGAUGCUGAGGCUGGGGACGAGCAUCAAGCAGCGGAUGACAAUAGGGGACCGCCACCAUUUGUUGUGAUUCCAGAGGUGGUGCCCAGGAAGCCUUCUUUCCCAGAGAGUAGCAGAACUUUGAUGGAUGGAUUGAUGUCAUUAAUUUACAAGUAUGGAGAUGAAAGAACCAAAGCCCGAGCAAUGUUGUGUGACAUAUAUCACCAUGCUAUCUCUGAUGAAUUUUCAGUGGCUCGUGACUUGCUUUUAAUGAGUCAUUUGCAAGAUGGUGUUCAACUCAUGGAUAUAUCAUCACAGAUUUUAUUCAAUAGAGUCAUGGCCCAGCUGGGUUUAUGUGCUUUCAAGGCUGGUUUGAUAACUGAAGCUCAUGGUUGCUUGACUGAGUUAUACUCUACUGGGAGAGUGAAAGAAUUGCUUGCACAAGGUGUUCAACAAAGCCGAUACCAUGAAAAGACUCCCGAACAGGAAAGACUUGAGAGGAGAAGGCAGAUGCCUUACCAUAUGCAUAUAAACCUUGAACUUUUGGAGGCCACACACUUGAUUUGUGCGAUGCUGAUUGAGGUCCCCAAUAUGGCUGCUACUACUUAUGACAGGCGGAGGCCCAUGAGCAAAACUUUCCGCAGGCUUCUCGAAGUGAGUGAACGGCAGACUUUUGUUGGGCCUCCAGAAAGUGUGAGGGACCAUGUAAUGGCUGCCACAAGAGCCCUCAAUAAGGGUGACUACCAAACGGCUUUCAGUGUCAUAAAUUCGCUGGAGAUCUGGAAGCUUUUGAGGAACAAGGAACAUGUUCUUGAGAUGCUGAAGCUUAAGAUCAAGGAGGAAGCCCUUAGGACCUACCUCUUCUCUUACUCGUCCUGCUAUGAGUCCUUGAGCCUUAACCAGCUCACUACCAUGUUUGACCUUAGUGAGCCACAUGCUCACAGUAUUGUUAGCAAGAUGAUGAUGCAUGAAGAGCUUCAUGCCAGCUGGGACCAACCAACAAAGUGCAUCAUUUUCCACAGUGUGGACCAAACUAGGCUUCAGGGACUACUCUUCCAGAUGGCAGAUAAGCUCUCGGUCCUUGUGGAGGGCAAUGAGAGGGCAUAUGAGGCUAGAACUGGUGGUACUCUUGAGGGGGUACCGCCCAGGCGAAGGGGUGACGGUCAGGACUCAUCCAAUUUGGGCAGGUGGCAGGAGAACUUUGUUUCGUCGCAAGGGAGGCAGGGUGGUAACCGGUUUGGAUAUGCUGGUAGAGGCGGAGGCUCCGGACAGGGUGGUGGAUACCAGAAGGACAGGGGAGGUCAGGGUUCCCGAGGGGGCUAUGGUGGUGGUUCACGAUUCCAAGAUGGAAGGGGUCGCAAUCAAUCUGGUUCGUCGGCGAGAGGUGGUGAUGGUGGUGCACGCAUGGUGAGCCUGAACAGGCCUGGUAGAGUUUAGAAGGUCAAGGUUUUUCCUCAAGAUCUCGCAUCAAGGUCUCACAAGUUUUGAAGGACUGCUUUUUCAUAAUUCAUAAACUUUCGCUGUUCGAAACUCAGUCGUUGCUUGCUAUAUUUCAUUGUAGCUUUUUAAUUUAAGUAUCUGUCAGAUACUCGAGACUAAAAGUUACUCUGGUUUGUGUCAUGGGGGUCAGAUAUUCACUCCUAUAUUUGAUAACAACUUGCGACUAUAUUGUGAGUACGUUCUAUGGUUA